AUGUCGUUUGGCAGAGAUAUGGAGUUGGAGCAUUUUGAUGAACGGGACAAGGCGCAGAGGUACAGCAGGGGGUCCCGGGUGAACGGUCUGCCCAGUCCCACACACAGCGCCCACUGCAGCUUCUACCGCACGCGCACACUGCAGACGCUCAGCUCCGAGAAGAAAGCCAAGAAGGUUCGAUUCUACAGAAAUGGUGACCGCUACUUCAAAGGGAUUGUGUACGCCAUCUCACCAGACCGCUUCCGAUCCUUUGAGGCCCUGCUGGCUGAUUUGACCCGAACUCUCUCGGAUAACGUGAAUUUGCCCCAGGGGGUGAGAACCAUCUACACCAUCGAUGGAGUCAAGAAGGUCUCCAGCCUGGACCAGCUGGUGGAAGGUGAAAGCUAUGUCUGCGGCUCGAUUGAGCCUUUUAAGAAGUUGGAAUACACCAAGAAUGUGAACCCCAACUGGUCCGUGAACGUCAAGACCACCUCGGCUUCCCGGGCAGUGUCUUCGCUGGCCACUGCCAAGGGGGGACCCUCAGAGGUUCGGGAGAAUAAGGAUUUCAUUCGACCCAAGCUGGUCACCAUCAUCAGGAGCGGGGUGAAGCCACGGAAGGCUGUCAGGAUCCUGCUGAACAAGAAGACGGCUCAUUCCUUCGAGCAGGUUCUCACUGACAUUACAGAUGCCAUCAAGCUGGACUCGGGCGUGGUGAAGCGCCUGUACACCCUGGAUGGGAAGCAGGUGAUGUGCCUUCAGGACUUUUUUGGUGACGAUGACAUUUUUAUUGCAUGUGGACCAGAGAAGUUCCGUUACCAGGAUGAUUUCUUGCUAGAUGAAAGUGAAUGUCGCGUGGUGAAAUCCACUUCUUACACCAAAAUAGCAUCAUCGUCCCGCAGAGGCACAACCAAGAGCCCAGGACCUUCCAGGCGAAGCAAGUCCCCGGCCUCCACCAGCUCAGUCAAUGGAACCCCUGGUAGUCAGCUCUCCACUCCACGUUCGGGCAAGUCACCAAGUCCGUCACCCACCAGCCCAGGAAGCCUGCGGAAGCAGAGGAUCUCUCAGCAUGGCGGCUCCUCUACUUCACUUUCGUCCACAAAAGUUUGCAGCUCCAUGGAUGAGAAUGACGGCCCUGGGGAAGGUGAUGCGCUCGAGAGAAAGCACAGCUUGCAGGGGGGAUGGAGGAAGGAAGAGUCGGAGGAAGGCUUCCAGAUUCCUGCCACAAUAACAGAGCGAUACAAAGUUGGGAGAACAAUAGGAGAUGGAAAUUUCGCUGUUGUCAAGGAAUGUGUAGAGAGGUCAACUGCUCGGGAGUAUGCCCUGAAAAUCAUCAAGAAAAGCAAAUGUCGAGGCAAAGAGCACAUGAUCCAGAACGAGGUGUCUAUCUUGAGGAGGGUGAAGCACCCCAACAUUGUCCUCUUGAUCGAAGAGAUGGAUGUGCCCACUGAGCUGUACCUCGUUAUGGAAUUAGUGAAGGGCGGAGACCUUUUUGAUGCCAUCACUUCCACUAGCAAAUACACAGAGCGAGAUGCCAGUGGGAUGCUGUACAACCUGGCCAGUGCCAUCAAAUACCUGCACAGCCUGAACAUCGUCCACCGUGACAUCAAGCCGGAGAACCUGCUGGUAUAUGAGCACCAGGAUGGCAGUAAGUCGCUCAAGUUGGGUGACUUUGGUCUGGCCACCAUUGUUGAUGGCCCUCUGUACACAGUCUGUGGCACCCCAACAUAUGUGGCUCCCGAAAUCAUUGCAGAGACUGGAUAUGGCCUCAAGGUGGACAUCUGGGCAGCCGGUGUGAUCACUUACAUCCUGCUGUGUGGUUUCCCUCCGUUCCGUGGGAGUGGUGAUGACCAAGAGGUGCUUUUUGAUCAGAUUUUGAUGGGCCAAGUGGACUUCCCACCUCCGUACUGGGACAAUGUGUCAGAUUCUGCUAAGGAACUCAUCAACAUGAUGCUGCUGGUUAACGUGGACCAGAGAUUCUCAGCCUUGCAGGUCCUUGAGCAUCCCUGGGUUAAUGAUGACGGUCUCCCAGAAAAUGAGCAUCAGCUGUCAGUAGCUGGCAAGAUCAAGAAGCAUUUCAACACGGGCCCCAAGCCGAACAGCACGGCAGCCGGAGUUUCCGUUGUAGCAACCACCGCUCUUGAUAAGGAGAGGCAGGUUUUCCGACGAAGACGCAACCAGGAUGUGAGGAGCCGAUACAAGGCACAGCCAGCUCCACCAGAACUCAACUCGGAAUCAGAAGACUACUCUCCCAGCUCCUCUGAGACUGUUCGCUCCCCUAAUUCACCCUUUUAA